CAGGACUGCUGAGGUGAUCUACUGUCCUGUGGAGCCUGAGGACUGCCUGAUCAACAAUCAGGUUAAGACAUCCAUUAGGGCCCACCUGAAAGCAGAAGACUACCUACUGAAAUGGAACCGAAGGGCCUUUGGCUACUGGCAAUUCUCCUGGUGUUUGGACUUACUACCCUAAUAGACGGAGUCGAACCACCAACUAAAUGCCAGUGCGCUGAAAAACCAAACAAGAGAAGGGAAUGUGGGUAUCCAGGUAUCAAGGCUGAGGAGUGCCAUAAAAGAGGAUGCUGUUUUGAUGCAAGCGUGACUGGUGUUCGUUGGUGCUUCAAACCUUUCUCAAAACUAGCUACCGGUGAAUGUUCUAUGAAUGUAUACGAUAGAAAGGAAUGUGGAUUUCUAAUCUUCUCAGAAAAAUGCUGUCUGAAAAGAGGAUGUUGUUUUGAUUCUUCAUACCCAGGCGUUAAACGGUGUUUCCAUCCUAACAUCAAAAACGAUUGUUAAAGAAGCAUGCCCCGGAGAUGGCUGUCAAUAGAACCAGAGAAAAAGGAAAGUUUUUAAAUCUCAUGGCAUGUUGCUCUAAUACUCUGUCUUCCAGCUCAUCCCUGUUUUAGGUGUAUUACUUUUUAAUAACAUAGUUAAUCGCUGAGAAAAAAAGAGGUGGGAAGAGGGAUUUUUUCAGGGACAAUAUUUUUUUAAAUCCUUUUCCCUGGGCUAUUUGUAUUGACAUGCUUAUCAUUUUCAAUUCAUAAAAAUAAAAUACGUAACUGUU